ACCCCGACACUCCGCCCGGGCGUUAAUUUUCCCAAUUGUCGGCUAUUCCAAUAUGGCGGACUAUACCAAUCACAAAAAUAUGCGAAUUGCCAGUGGUAAAACUAUGUUGAUCAACAAGACAAACAAUGACACUAACCAGGAUGAUUUUAAAGACCUCAUUGGCCAACAAACACGACAAAACACGGAAGAGACUUAUAACGCUGAAAUUAUUAGCAAGGAUUGUACAGCACUCAUGAAACAUGAAACAACCGCUAAUGUGGACAUCAAAAUACAGGGAACUGAAAUUUGUAUUGAUGUUUCAAGAUGUUCUGUGGCUCAGUUUGGCUCUGAUACCAAAGCAUUGGAAGUACAGAGCUGCAAAUUGUGUAGCAGGGAUUGUUACAGCUCGUCAGAUGAAGAAAGUAUGGCAGUCGCGUUGAAGAUUCCAGAGAUGCAAGCAAAUAGCUGCGCCAAUGUUAAGGUGCUGAUUUAUUCUCCAAUGCCAGUUAUUCAGAAACGUGGCUGCAUGAGCACUUCCUGGUACUUCAAAAUUAUCGCAAAACUGAGAGAAAAACAAAAUACCGGAGACUUUGAUGGACAUGAACAUCUGGUUGAAAAACUUAUUGUGAAAUCACGGUCGGCGGCAGAUUCUGACAUGGAAAUGAGUCUACAGGUUGAGAGAGCAAUGGUGCUAUAUUAUCAGAACAAAAUUAAAGAUGCCAAGAAAAUUUUAAAAUUUGUGGUAAAACAAGGGAAAAAACUGAUAAACCCAGGCAUUCUAGUAGGGCGAGCCUUAAAUCUUCUGACGGCGGUGUACAAACGUCAAGGGAAAUUUGGUAAGGCAAUGGAAUGUGUGGAAAGAGCGCGCGCUUGUCUUGAAGGUCAGGACUCGGCGAAUGAUAAAGCAGAGCUACAUCACAGUUAUGGCGCCUUAAUUAUGGCUAUGCCGGCUGCGAAGAAGCCCGAAACUGUCCGAACCACGAAGGAAGAAGCUUAUAAAUCUUUACAAAUGGCAGAUCACUAUGAAUUUCAAAAGUAUCAUCACAUCAAAAUGGCAGCUUUGCUUUUUGAAUCGCCCUUUGGCGGGGAAACAACCGUAGAUUUCCCCUGCAAAGAGGAUAUUACGAAUGCACAGAAACACCUCGACCUCGUUGAAUCGACAAUAGCUGACAACGAAUCGUUAGGAUCAGAAAUACCAUUUCUUCUUUUACGAUCUGAUCUGUACCUUUUCGAAGGUAACGUUCCCAUGGCAAUGGAGAAAGUUCAAGAGGCGAUCGCCCUCAUUGACAAACAUGGAUUCGAGCUUGAAUUUGCUUCUGCCAAAAGCCGCAUUGACCGCCUGUCUUCGAUGAUAUGGCAAGAAAACGAGGAGUGGCGAGAGACGGAGUUAAGCUCCAGCUCGAGUUUAAGUGACAGUCUAGCAUGAUCUUGCUGAAAGCGGGAGCGCACAUUCCGAUUAGUUUGGCAAAUAAAGAUGUACUGGAUCAAUCGAUCGCAAUUAUUUCCGUUUUACAGAUUAAUUAGCCAAAUCACUGAAAUGAAGCUUGCUCAGGUUGAAAGCUAUACUACUCCGGAUCCAGUCCAUCAUUCACACAGCCAAUCAGUGUGUGUAGUCCAACAUGAUUUUAAAUACUUAACUUCUUCUCGGCAGCUCUGUUCACCAAACGCCAAGGCGGAGCGCCUUAUUGAACAUUUGAAGACUUCUUCACUGAGGGAUAAUUAAAACGAUAUCAUAAUAAAAAAAGCUAAAGUACGUUUCACUCAG